CCUGCACAUGACACAAAAUGCAAAACUUUGAACGGACAACACUGAUAUAAUUUACCAAAAAAUCAACUAAACAAAAUGGCUCAAUUCAUAGGAAAAUGGCAGGGUGUCGAAGGUUCAAUGAAAAAUUAUGAAGCAUUUGGUAAAGCGAUCGGCCUUCCUGCUGAAGUACUAGCAAAGUUUAAAGACUCUACCUGGUCUAUUAAUUUCAGUAAAGAUGGCGACACGUGGUCAGCUGAGAACAUUUCUUCUACUUCACCGACAAAGACGUUUAGUUACCAAGAGGGGAAGGAACUAGUUACAACAAAUUUGAUUGGUAGAGGUCUCAAGUUAACAGCUACGUUUGAUUCUGAUUGUAAACAAACUGUAAUGGAACAGACUGAAAUGGAUAACGGUUGGAAAAACAUCAAAUUAGUCCGAGAAAUAACGGGUGACAAGAUGAAAAUGACAUUUACUGAGCUUGAAAGUGGAGUGGCAAUGACUCGGGAAUACACAAGAUGUUGAUUGGCUGAAAUUUUAUAACAGCUACGGAUGAUUUUUAAUUAAAUAAUUUUAUCAGUACAGACAAAUACGUUCAUAUAUUACGUUCAUGUUUCAUAUACGUUAAAAAAAAUCGGAUGAUGUAUUAUUAACGUGAAUACGUCUACUUCUCUACAUGAUGAGCAGAAAACAACUGGUAAACUUCAACAUCAAUGAAAAUUAUGUACUUCAUUUAAAAUCAAAGUUAAAAAUCUUUUUAUGGAAAACGAUGCAAUCAAAAUAUGAUUUAAUAGGGCAAAAAUUGAGUUUAAUAAUGUUUUCAGAGGCAGUUAACAAUAUGAGAACAUGCUUAGAACUUAUAGGCUUUUUAAAAGCAGAUUUUGCUGAAAAUAUUACCUUUUGCAGGGACCAUUUAAAUAUGGAAAUUACUUAACAAAAUCCCGUGUCAGUAAGCACGAUUUGGAGAUUGAGAAGGGGAGGAUACAAAAAUCUGACAUUGUCAGAACGUAUCUGUAAAUUAUGUGGUACUCAGGUUGGGGACGAAAUUCAUGUUUUUCUACAGUGCCGUAAACAUUGAAAUAUUCGUCUUAACUUUUUUUAAUAAAACAGAACAACGGGUUAAAAUGUUUAGUAGUUUAGAUGUUAAAUAACAAUUUAUUUGGCUUAUGUCUUCUGAAGAUAUUUUCAUACACCAGAAACUCGUAGAAUUAUUGGAAAAUGUAUCGUCUCAAUGAAGUGUAAUUGAAUGAUAAAUAGUAAUAGUAAUAUAGUAAUGCUAUAUGACAUCACUUUCUUUACCUAGUUAAAUUAUUAACAAAACCAACUACUAUGCUUGUUGUAUUCUCCUGCUUGUCUCAAUGAAUAUAUAACAAUUUCGUCUUAAUCAUAUUAAAUCACCUGUUAUCGUUA